AUGGCUCAAACUGCUGCAAUCCGGAACUAUUCGGGACCACAUUUCGGAGGACCAAACUCGGUUGAGAAUAGUUCCAAAACUCCGGAUUUUGUUCCCUUGGAACCUGAGGAGAAAUUGCGGGUGUUACAAGAAGCCUUCGGGGAAGAAUCUAUGUCGAAGAAAAAGGUGUACAAAUGGUACAGUAAUUUCAAGAAUGGCCUUAAGAAGAUCGAAGACGGGAACCGUUCGGGAAGACCAUCCACCUCGACCGACGACGCCUACGUCGUCCAAAUCAAGGUUUUAGUGGUCAACAAUCGUCGGUUGACGAUACGAGACCAUUCGGAAAGUGUUGGGAUUUUCAAAUCCUCGGUCAACACCAUCCUGAAAGAUGUUUUGGAGUUGAAGCGGGUGAAGUCUCGCCUGGUACGCAUACGAUCCGGAAAGAACGGACCAGUCCAGCGAGUACCGUUCCCCGAACGAGCCGUGGCCCAAGAAGUCGCUCCAAAGCCGGUCGAAAAUCAAGGUGAUGCUGAUUUUUCUUGA